ACACAAACAUUGCUGCUGAUCAGGAAACUAAACGCUCUCAGUUCUGUCUCACUUCUCUUUCGCUUUCACGGAAAUAACAACUUACAGAGACUCUUCAGUAUGGUUAAAGUUUCUUUUAACAAGGCUCUCGCCCUUAAGGAUCCGAAGAAGGAAAGCCUCAUUCCUGAUGUACAGGAUCCUGAAGCAGCGGUGUGGGUGCGUCAACAGUCUAAGGUGUGGUGCUGGUGCUUCUGUCUGGGAUUGGCUCUCGUGCUCUCUGGCAUAGUGGUGGGAGGAGCCUACCUGUAUAGGUACUAUGUGUUGGAGAAACCUGAUAAUGUGAGCUUUUUCGAAGACGAUGAGGUGGAGCUCAUCAAAGUGCCAGUGCCUGAGUUCAGAGACAGCGAUCCAGCUGACAUCCUGCAUGACUUCAACAUGGAGGAGGAGGUGUUUGUCUAUGGGAUGAAGUACUUGGAUGAAGAGUAUGAGUUUGAUGAGGAGGUGGAGGUGGGAAUGCCGCUGAGGCAGAUUGAAGAGAAUGUGAGCUUUUUCGAAGAUGAUGAGGUGGAGCUCAUCCAAGUGCCAGUGCCUGAGUUCAAGGACAGCGAUCCAGCUGGCAUCCUGCACGACUUCAAAAUGAGGCUGACUGCUUAUCUCGACCUGAAUCUGAACAAAUGCUACAUCAUCGCCCUGAACACCUCUGUCGUCAUGCCACCCAAAGAUUUCCACGAGUUCCUGGUCAACAUCAAGGCAGGAAUGUAUCUUCCUCAGUCGUACCUGCUGCAUGAACAGAUGAUGGUGACAGAGAAGCUGGACAGCACCAGUGAUCUGGGCUAUUACAUCAAUAACAUGUGCAAUGACAAAGACACGUACAGACUGCAGCGCAGAGACACCAUACUGGGUAUGCAGAAGCGUGAGGCUCUGAACUGCCACAAGAUCCGCCAUUUUGAAAACAAGUUUGUGGUGGAGACUUUGAUCUGCGAGCCCUGAAGAACGAGAAUCACACAUGGGUGUCUCUGACACGGCAGCAGAUCUUCAACACUUUUUUUAAUUCAGUGUAGCGGUUUGUUUUUCAGCUUUUCAUAGGCCUUUUUUUACAUCUGAAAUGUGAAAUUGUCUUUUCUGCACAAAGAGUUGAAUUAUUUUUGUGUCUUUCUAUUUUAGGAAUAUUAAACUUAAUAAAGAGUCAAUAUGUGCACAAGAACAAAAAUCAUUAACAAUAGCGAUUUUAGCAUAUAUAGAAAUCUAAUCAGCAUAUGUCCGUGCCAUUAUUUUGUCUCAAGAAACUUACCAGUAAUUUUUUUUAUAUAUAUAAAGGCAUGUUUAUAAAAGGCCUAAUCCUGGUUUAAUUUAACCCCAGUUUGUGGAACCAGGCCAUAAUGUCACAAUUUGAGGUAUUGAAGAAAUAUUUUGUUUUAAAUGGGAUCAAUAACCAUACAUACAAAGCACUUUCAGUUAAAUAAAUGAAUAUAUAACUUAUAAAUGCUUAAAUUACCACAAACCUGAAAUUAGUUUUUGUUCUUUGCUAAUUUGUAUAUAAGCUGUCUUUAAACAAGAUCCUAAACUUUACACUUUUCUGUCUUUAAUCAUAAGCUCAUGAACUCCAUCUAAGAAAACAAUAAAUAAACAAAAUAAACA